AUGGCCACCACCACACUCACGCUACCCCCUACUCUCACCGACGAGCUCGACGUGCUCAUGAUCGAUAAUUUUGACUCCUUCACCUGGAAUUUAUAUCAGCAACUUCGCCUAGCAGGAGCUGAAGUCACCGUUAUCCGUAACGAUGCCAUCGAUCCUUCUCUAUUUUCUCAGCUCAAGAUCAAGUCCUUAAUCAUAUCACCCGGCCCAGGGCAUCCACAGAACGAGUCUGGGAUUUCAAAGGCAGCGAUUCAAUAUUUUGAAGGAAAGGUUCCCAUUUUGGGAGUAUGUAUGGGUUUAGAAUGUCUCGUGGAUUUCCAUGGUGGUCAAAUUGGCUAUGCAGGGGAAAUUAUGCAUGGAAAAGUCAGUCGCAUAAAGCACGACAACAGGGGAUGCUUCAAGGGAAUUCCUCAAGGAAUCAAGUCCAUUCGAUACCAUUCUCUCAGUGCCUCCCUCACGACCCUUCCCUCUGAACUUGCCAUUACUGCGUUGACAGAGGAGUCAAAUGUCAUAAUGGGUGUCCGACAUCGUAAAUACACCGUCGAAGCUGUCCAAUACCAUCCCGAAAGUAUCCUUAGCGAAGGAGGCGACGAACUCAUCCGAAACUUCCUCGCGUUGAGAGGAGGCUUGUGGGAGGAUAACCCAGAUUUUCAAGUUUCGCGUGACGCACCACCUUUCCACGUUGAACCAGGCGCACCCCAUGUCAUGAAUCCCAAAGUUCACUCCAUUCUAGACAAAAUACACACACAGCGUCUUGCCGACGUCGCACAGGCUCAAAAGGCACCUGGAACAACACUCACAGACCUUCAGACCCUCUAUUCUCUCAACAUCGCUCCUCCACAAAUACCGCUUCUUCCCCGCUUAAAGCAAACUCAAGGUCGUCUCUCCCUCCUCGCGGAGAUUAAACGCGCUUCCCCUUCCAAGGGUCCAAUAUCCGUUGCCACCUCUCCCGCGUCACAGGCCUUAACUUACGCAUUGGCAGGUGCCAAUGUCAUAUCCGUACUUACAGAACCUAAAUGGUUUCUAGGAUCCCUUCAAGACAUGCUUCACGCACGUACGGCAGUCGCCAGCUUACCGAACAGACCUGCUAUCCUUCGGAAAGAUUUCAUUCUCAGUCGAUACCAGGUUCUCGAAUCGCGGAUUUGGGGCGCUGAUACUAUUCUCUUGAUAGUCAGCAUGCUAUCUGAGGGGCUAUUACGAGAUCUCUAUCAGUACAGCCUCGAACUUGGCAUGGAACCCCUUGUCGAAGUCAACAAUGCAAAGGAGAUGGAGUUGGCGCUUUCACUUCCUGCUAAAGUGAUUGGCGUGAACAAUCGCAAUUUACACGACUUUGCCGUGGAUAUGUCUACUACUAGUCGUUUGAGCGAGAUGACCAAGGGAAAAGAUGUGAUCCUUUGUGCCCUCAGCGGAAUAGCAACUCCGGAGGACGUUGAGAAAUAUGGGGCAGAAGGGGUCAAUGCUGUUCUCAUUGGUGAGAGUCUGAUGAGGGCGAGGGAUCCAGCUGCAUUUAUCCACCAGUUGUUUUCCCUUCCUUCCCCGACACCUCCGUCAUGUCACUGGAGCUCUGGACCGCCUCUAGUAAAGAUCUGUGGUGUUCGUAGCAAGGAACAAGCAUUGGCCAUAGCAGAAGCCGGCGCCGAUAUGAUUGGACUGGUGUUUGUUCAGAAGUCUAAAAGAUACGUCGAUUUAGACACUGCUCGGGAGAUUUCGCUUGCAAUCCGCGGUUCACGACCUCCUCCCUCCCCAUCCUCUCUUGAUGAUGAAUCUCUAAACGCACCAUGGUUCACAUCACAAGCUACGCGACUUUCAUCGACAAUAUCCCAACCGUCGAUUGUCGGUGUUUUCCAGGACGCACCUUUAUCUGUCAUCCUCUAUGCGGUGUCUUAUUGCCAGCUAGACAUUGUCCAGUUACACGGCGCGGAACCGAUGGAGAUGGCAAACCAGAUUCCAGUGCCCGUGAUUCGAGUUUGUCAUGUCAGUAGUAAGGGUGCAGAUAUCAGUGGAGUUAUUCGCCCAGGUUUGCAUGAAUUUGUCCUACUUGAUUCGAUCCGGGAAGAUGGCAGCGGGAUCACUGGUGGAAGUGGGAAGGUUGUAGAUCUAGCACUUGCGCGUCGCAUUGUUGACGCAGGAGAACUGGUGCAAGACGAGGCGGGUGCUACGAACAGCUCUGAGGAUGUAAAGACUCCAAUCUCUGGUACCGAUUCAGAGGGUCGAAGCCAUGCUAAGGUGGCGGCUACACCUGCAGCUAUUCCAUCUAAAUAUCCACUUCCCAUCAUCCUCGCUGGAGGUCUGAAACCAGAGAACGUAGCGGAAGCCAUCACACAUGUCCAGCCUUGGGCUGUUGAUGUCAGUGGAGGUGUGGAAACAGAAGACGGGAAAGCAAAGGACCUCGACAAAGUGAGGGCAUUCAUUAAUAGCACUAAACAAUUAGUGUAA